UGUUGACACAUAACCUAUAAAAGGUUUUUAAAUAAACAUGGUAAAAAUCUUUCUCAACUUUAUAAGAAUUUUAUUUGAUCUUAUUUUAAAUUAUAUCUACCUUAAAAUAGUAAGGUAAUGCUUUUUAGAAUUACUAAAAACAUUAGCAGGUUCUUUUCACAAGCUGAUUUUCUAUCGAAAGGUCCACAAUUGCCGAUAACAAGUAUUUUUCCUUCAAUGGAACCUAAACCCUUUAAAAAGAACAAAUACGAUGGACGUACCAAGAAACGACAAUGGGAAGAAAGGCGGAGGGAUAAGGGUGAAAGUUUAAGAGAAACACCCGAAGAUCCGAAAAGGGUGAAACUGGAUGAAGACCAAGAAAUGGAAAAAGAUAAAAUAAAACGUAGGAAAUUUUGUCUUUUAUUAGGUUAUUCGGGCAAUAAUUACUUUGGUAUGCAACGGAAUCCAAAUACCAAGACUAUUGAAGAGGAUUUGUUGAAUGCUCUCUUUAAAACACAUCUAAUAACUGAAGAUUGCUACCAACAAGUGCAAAAUAUGCAGUUCCAAAGAGCUGCAAGGACAGACAAAGGAGUUUCUGCAGCUAGACAAGUAGUGUCUCUAAAGUUAAAAGAAAACAUAGAUUUAAACCAAAUCAAUGCUGAACUUCCAGAAGUCAUCCGAGUUUUCAAUUACAAAAGAGUCACCAAAGGCUUUAACAGUAAAUCUCAAUGCGAUGGUCGUAGCUACAUCUAUUUAAUACCAACAGUAGCGUUUGCUCCUCACGAUAAGGAAGUUUCCCAAAAAGAUUUCCGUCUUGACGAUGAAACAUUUACAAAGAUAAAUACUAUAUUAGAAAACUAUCUAGGCACAAAGAACUUCCAUAAUUACACCUCAAAAAAGAAGCACAACGAUCCCAGCGCUAACAGGUAUAUGAAGUCCUUCGUAUGUGAGAAACCUUUUAUUAGGAAAGAGGUGGAAUUUGCAAUUUUAAAAGUCCAUGGACAGAGUUUUAUGUUGCAUCAAAUUAGAAAAAUGGUGGGUUGUCUGUUAGCAAUUAUUAGAGGUUUAGCUACGGAAGAUAUUAUAAAGGAGUCGUUCAAAUCUGACAAGGUUAUUAUUCCUAGAGCACCUGGAUUGGGACUUGUCCUCGAAUAUGUACAUUAUGACAGGUAUAACAACAGAUAUGGUGCUGAUGGUGUACAUGAAACAUUAACUUGGGAUGAGGUUGAAGAUAAAGUUCAGAAGUUUAAAGAAGAAUACAUUUUUCCAACGAUUAUUGAUAAAGAAGUUGAGGAGGAGUGCAUGAUAAACUGGGUAAACAAUAAAUUGAGCAAACAUUCUUAUGAUAAAGAAGAAGAAAAUGAGAGUGAUGAAGAAUUUGCGGGAGGAGAUGAUGAUAAUGACGAAAGUGAACAAAGUGUAAAGGAAUGUAAGAGUAAUGAAAAUAAAAUAGAAAAUACAAAUUAGAA